GGCAGGCCUAGAGGUGCGAGCCGCGGGCCGGAGAGUUUGAACUGCGCGCAGGCGCAAGCAGCGGCGGAAGAACGGGAUCCCAGGCGGCUCUGCACUCGAGGGGCUGUAGACUUUAUGAGGACUUCAGGCCCUGGAGACAGCCUCUCGGAUUGCUCUAAGACUGCUCUGAAGAGUAUUUUUCAUUCACAGAGAGAAAUGAAAUUCUGAUCCUGGGACCACAUCCAGUUCCCCAAAGUAGAAGUCAGUUCCUGAUUGAUCCUGGUGCUUACCAGCAGCUCCUCCUGGACAGGCUAAGCACCGUGAUUGCAUAAAGAGGUUGGUAACCUGCUAGAUUUCAUGAUUUGAAGUAUAAUGUCUCAGGAAGGCAAGUAUGGGAGGUGGACGAUAUCCAGUAGUGAUGAAAGUGAGGAGGAAAAGCCAAAACCAGACACACCAUCUACCUCUUUUCUCCCCAACGCUGGGCAGAGAACAGCAGCGGAGCCGAAGUACACCUGUUCCGAGGCUCGGAGAGCCGCACACAAGAGGAAGAUAGACCCUGUGAUGUUCAGCAAUGCUGACUCGGUUUCCGAGGCGUCUCCUUCCAAAAGGCAGAAGACUGGUUCCCAGGAGGACCUAGGCUGGUGUCUUUCCAGCAGUGAGGAUGAGCUGCCACCAGAGACUCAGCAGAAGCAGGCUAAGAAAGCGGGGGUCAAAAAGAGGAAGGCCCCUUCUCCCCAAAACGGUGCUGCCCGCAGAGCUGGGCAUGGCAGCCCUCCCGCCAGCCCCGGGCUCAGGCGGGAGGAAGAUGAGUACGAAACGUCAGGGGAAGGCCAGGACAUCUGGGACAUGCUGGAUAGAGGGAACCCCUUCCAGUUCUACCUCACCCGCGUCUCAGGAAUUAAGCCAAAGUAUAACUCCAGAGCCCUCCACAUCAAGGAUAUUUUGUCUCCUCUAUUUGGGACCCUUGUAUCUUCAGCUCAGUUCAACUACUGCUUUGAUGUGGACUGGCUGGUGAAGCAGUAUCCACCAGAGUUCAGGAAGAAGCCAAUCUUGCUUGUGCAUGGCGACAAACGAGAAGCAAAGGCUCACCUGCACGCCCAGGCAAAGCCUUAUGAAAACGUUUCCCUCUGCCAGGCAAAGUUGGAUAUUGCAUUUGGAACACACCACACGAAAAUGAUGCUACUGCUCUACGAGGAAGGCCUCCGGGUUGUCAUCCACACCGCCAACCUCAUCCACGCCGACUGGCACCAGAAAACACAGGGAAUAUGGUUGAGCCCCUUGUACCCACGAAUCGUCCACGGAGCCCACAGAUCUGGAGAAUCAACCACACACUUCAAAGCUGAUCUCAUCAGCUACCUGACGGCUUACAACGCUGCUCCCCUCAAGGAGUGGAUAGAUACCAUCCAGGAGCACGACCUCUCAGAAACAAACAUUUACCUUAUUGGCUCAACCCCGGGACGCUUUCAAGGAAAUCAGAAAGAUAACUGGGGACAUUUUAGGCUUAGGAAGCUUCUGAAAGAGCACGCCUCGUCCAUACCAAAGGCACAGUCUUGGCCGAUAGUUGGUCAGUUUUCAAGCAUUGGUUCCAUGGGGGCUGACGAGUCAAAAUGGCUGUGUUCUGAGUUUAAAGAGAGCUUGGUGACACUGGGGAUGGAGGGCAAGACCCCAGGAAGUGCUGUCCCUCUUCAUCUGAUCUAUCCUUCAGUGGAAAAUGUGCGGACCAGCUUAGAAGGAUAUCCAGCUGGAGGCUCUCUUCCCUAUAGCAUCCAGACGGCAGAGAAACAGAACUGGCUCCACUCCUAUUUUCACAAAUGGUCAGCCGACACGUCGGGCCGCAGCAAUGCCAUGCCACAUAUUAAGACGUAUAUGAGACCCUCUCCAGACUUCAGUCAAAUUGCUUGGUUCCUUGUCACAAGCGCCAACCUGUCCAAGGCCGCCUGGGGAGCGUUGGAGAAGAACGGCGCCCAGCUGAUGAUCCGCUCCUACGAGCUUGGGGUCCUCUUCCUCCCGUCAGCGUUUGGUCUGGACAGCUUCAAAGUGAAACAGAAACUCUUCUCGGGGAGCCAGGAGCCAACAGCCUCCUUUCCUGUGCCGUAUGACCUGCCUCCAGAGCUGUAUGGAAGUAAAGAUCGGCCAUGGAUUUGGAACAUUCCUUAUAUCAAAGCACCAGAUACACACGGGAACAUGUGGGUCCCCUCCUGAGCAAGUUAAAGCACUGUGACGUUUAGGUGCAAGACACUGAGCCCCAGCCAUUGGAUGUUCUUGUUGGUACAGAACAGUCGCUUCCCUGAAUGUUUUAUCUGCAGAACUACAGAUCUCUGUGUAGAGGUCAGUCUGUCAGACACGGAUGUUGGCUGUACUUUUAAUGUUCAUUAUUGACAUUCUCACUUUAGAAAAGGUAAAUAUUUUCUUAAUUCCCUUUUCUAUGCUUUGGAGUAAAAGCUAUUAAACUUCACAAUGUUUAAAGAAUAUACAGACAUGAAAUUACCCUCCUAGCGAUGUGGACUCUCACGCUGGGGUCAGGCCGACUGAGUUGUGCCCCGUCAAAAGUGCUCUUCAUUCAGCUGAAACUUUUCAGAGCAGGACUGCGGCCUCUUUCAGCAGCCCUCUGUCAGCUUUGAGCCCCGAGGUUGCUGGACAGGGGUCGCAUGUGUCGCUGAGGCUGGCGUGGCUCCCCAGGUGCCAUGAACUGUGUUGACCGUCGUCACCCUGUACUUCGCACGAUGUACCCCCCCCCCCGGCCCCGGGCUGGCUGCCUCGCCGCUUGCGGAUGGACCUCUCCUCGCCCAUCCCACACAGUGGACGAGUGUCUCUUCCAGCCCCACAGAUUUCCAGAAAGGACAGCUCGCAGAAUCACACUAAGUAUGAUCACACAAAGCACACAAGUAUUUUACUUCGAAGAGACCCUGAAAGGUGAACUCGCUUGGUGCCUUCAAUUCACAAGUGAGGGAACUGAGCAGUUUAGGGGAGUUUAGGGUUGUCCCCGAGGUCCCGGCUGCCGGGUCAGAGCUACGCGUGUCUUCCUGCUUUGUGUCCGUGUGCCCGGGUUCCCCUCAGAUAGUGUUCGGCCUCCUCGUUUUCCUCUGCGUGAGGCUCAUUUCUAGUUUGUCAUCAGCUUCUUGUUAUAAUUUAGAAUAGAGUUGAAUGUUAAUUUUGAAAGUUUUUUUUUUUAAAUACUAGUUUUUCACACUGUUCCUCAGAGGCCAAAUGCUCACGUCGGGAAGCUGCCGGGGUGGGGAGGGUACUGGCGGGGGCGAUCCUGUGACGGGGGCUGGGGGUGCCGGGCUGAGGGCUGUCCUUCCUUCCUCCCGUCAGAGAAGCCCUGCAGCAUCUGUUUUGCAUUUUGGGUUCCGUAAAAGAUAUUAUCUGGGUGGUUUGUUUGGAAGGUGUUUUGUUUUGCAAUGUUUAAAAAAAAGAAAAGUUAAAAAGACACUGGAUUCAUUUAACCAGUUCAUUCCGCAGGAAAGAAAAGUAAAGCUUAAGCCUUUCUGGACCCUGCCUUCUACUUCAGGAACGUUUGAACCCUACAUCAGAUGAGCCCAGCAGCCCUGGAAGGCAACAGGGAGGGCGUCCUGAGCUGGCAGAAGAGGCCGACAUAGCGGUGCAGCCAGCAGUCUGAGGUGGGUGCCCACAGGACUGUGGCCAAGGACCUCGGAUUCUCACCAGCACGGCAGUCCCAUCCUGGAAGGGGGCAGCGCAAGCCCCCAGGCAACGUCACAGCUGCCAUGGGGGGUUGGGUGGCUCUGAGGGGCAGGACCCAGAAAGCCCGGGCUGCCCGGGACCCAGCCAGUCAGGAUGCCCGGGGCAGAUGGAAGGCUGAUGGGCUGGGGUACAUCGCUCAUCUGACCCACAUGACUGCAAAGUGGGUUGGGGCUCAAAGCUGGAGUCAGGCUGCCCGGCUUUGAACCCCAGCUUUACCACCCCUUCUCUGUGCCUCUGCUGUAAGAUGAGGUGGUGGUAAUUAUCCCUGUUGCAGAGGGUCACUGAGCGGGUUGGGUAGCUGGGACAUGCACCUGCUUGGAGGUGGCCUGCACAGGAGUUGCUACUGCAGCUGUCACCCUGGACUCUGCACUGGAAUAGGAAGGAAACCUGGACUCAAACAGUAAAGUGCUUGUCCAAGGUCACACUUCUAGACUCUCACCCGGAUUUGAACCCAGGUCUGGCAGCAUCCAGGCUCUGUUCUGUACUUCCCGGGCAGUGUGGUGGACAGUGUCUGAGGAGAUGGACCCGUUUCCCCCAACCCACUGUGGACAGAUACUUCUGUAGAACACAGGAGCUGGUGCUUGGGUAUCAGGGCACUGACAAAUUGCUAAGGAAGUUUCUAAAUGCUGACUUUUACUUCCUGUACUUAACCCAGACUGGCCUGGUCCAUAGCCGCACCUGGAGUGGCGCUCUAGACCCAGCAGGGACCCAGACGGCCCCUCUGGAAGCAGAGACAAGUUCUGUAGGAUGGGCUGGGUGUGUGCCAUAAGGAGAAGUUCACGGUCAAGGGAUGUGCAGGUGGGUGUCCAGGCCCAACCCCAGACAGCAGCCUCCUGUGCCCCUUGCCCUGGGCAGCAUGGGCUCAGGGAGGCAGGGCUGGGCCAGGCCAGCAUAGGUAGGGUCAGUACCACGAGCUUUCUGGGCACAGCCAGUGGCACAUGUGGAAAAUACAGUAACGCCCCAGGAGUAAUCGACACGGGAACACGGAA